CUACCUGGAGAUACUUUUCCUAGACCCGAUCUUAGAGAACUCAGUUCACAGAGGUUUCAUUGCGCACCGCCUUCAUUUGUCAAAAUUGGAUGUAUGGAGUACAAAACCGCCGCUCUGGACUACAUAUCUUGAAUCCAAUGAAUUCCUGGAGGUGUAAGGCCUAUGAGCACAUCCCUGGGAGCUAGUGGGGAAGUAAUGACGUCCCGAGUGAGUCCUCGGACUUCAGAAGUAAAUGCCUUAGAACAACGAGGUUAUUUUAUAGGCAAGAAAAUAGGACAAGGCUCCUAUGCCACUGUCCAUCUUGCCGAUUACGUGGAUGGCCAAAGUCCGCGGAAGAUGCGACUUGCUUGCAAGAUAUUCGACAAAGAAAAGGCACCGAAGGAUUUCCUAGAAAAGUUUUUCCCUCGCGAGUUGGAAAUUUUGACAAAAAUAGAGAACACAAACAUAAUUCAAGUUCACAGCAUAUUGCAACGAGGACCACGCGUCUUCAUCUUCAUGCGCUAUGCGGAUAAUGGCGACCUUCUGGACUUCAUAAAGCGCAACGGAAUAGUACCAGAGCAACAGGCCAAGGUUUGGUUCAAGCAGAUGACACUUGGACUCCAAUACUUACAUGGCAAGAACAUUGCACAUCGGGACCUCAAGUGCGAAAACAUACUCCUCUCCCGCAGGUUCAACGUGAAACUUGCGGACUUCGGCUUCGCGCGGUUCUGCGUGGACCAGAAUGGACGUCGAGUGCUCAGCCACACGUACUGCGGUUCGGCAGCUUACGCGGCUCCGGAGGUUGUCAGCGGGACCCCUUACAACCCGAAGCUCGCCGACGUGUGGUCGCUCGGCAUCAUCCUGUACAUUAUGCUCAACGCCGGCAUGCCGUUCGAUGACUCGAAUCUCCGCAGGCUUCUCAAGGAUCAGAUGGAGCGCAACUGGGUUUUCCGAACGCGCGUGCGGGACACGCUGUCGGCUCAGGCCAAGGCCCUGGUGAGACACAUCCUGGAGCCGGACAUAACGCUGCGCAUCACGGUGGACCGCAUCCUCAUCCACGAGUGGCUGCGGGCGCGGAAGGACCGCUCCCUGGCGACGAGAAGCGGGACCACGCCGCUGCCCUCGGUCAGCUUCCAGUCCAGGGGGUCGGUCGUGUCGCGGGCCACCGCCCCUCCACCGAGUUCAGUCGCCAGCAAGGCGCGCUGACGCGUCGUGGCUGUCUGCGGAAGCUUUCCAACCUGUUCAGCAGAACGUCACGAACAGCGUCAAGUCAAGUGCGACUAUAGCCUAAAGGCGAGAAUCUCAUGGAACCAAACUGCUAUUGUGAGGAUUAAUUUCUGAUUUGCGUCGCCUUCUUUUUUCUCUAUUGUGGAAAGAUGUCUCUCAAAAUGAACCACCCACAAUAUUGACAUCAAUGGAUUCUUAUGCUUACGCUUAUAUCUUCUGACAAGAUUGCAUUUGCAAGUUAAAACUUUUACCCACAUAAUUCUAUUUCCUGCGAGCUUUCUGAACAGGUGAAUGCUCACCUGGGAAUAUGAAAUGGUGCAGAUAGUGGCGGAAACUGAAAAAUCUAAUAAAAUUCGAAACGUACAAUAACAUAUA